UUUAGAUAACCAAAGCUCGAGCUUUCUUUACGUCUUUCUUUCUGCACUAUUUUCUCUUUUUCCGUUUUGCUUAUCGACAACGAUAAUUAUCCGUAAUUAUUGAUUGACGAUAAUAGUUUCAUUACGGUGUAAAAUAAUGUAUUGCGGUUUCUUUUUCUCUCAGAAAAUAGUCGAACAGUAAUUAAUACUUGCUUAUGAAAAGUGAAUUUGUGUCAUAUUAUUAUCUUUAUAAACUAUUUUGAAAUCGAAUGAUCGAAGAGAUCGAAGUGUACGUUUUAUCCAUCGUUUGAAGUUUCCUAAAUCCAUUGAAAAUGAAUAUGAACGGCCCAGCUCCAACUGAUAUCAUUCUCCUGAGCGGAAAUUCGCACCCCGAGAUGACCAAUUUAAUUACAGAACGAUUGGGGAUUAAAGUGGCUGCGUGCUCCGUCUACAGUAAGUCGAAUCGCGAAUCUGUUGUUGAAAUCGGCGAAUCUGUGCGUGAGAAAAAUGUCUACAUCUUGCAAACAGGAACAAAGGAUGUAAACAACAAUAUUAUGGAACUUUUGAUAAUGGCUUACGCAUGCAAAACAUCUUCGGCGAAAAAUAUCGUGGGCGUUAUUCCUUAUUUACCGUACUGUAAACAAUCAAAAAUGCGUAAACGAGGAAGUAUCGUAUCGAAACUGCUUGCCAAAAUGAUCGUCAAUGCCGGAGUAACUCACGUUAUUACGAUGGAUUUACACCAAAAAGAAAUCCAAGGAUUCUUCGACUGCCCUGUCGAUAAUUUGAGGGCGUCGCCGUUUCUUUUGCAAUACAUUCAAGAUAGCAUUCCCGAUUACCGUAACGCAGUGAUAGUUGCACGAAAUCCAGGCUCUGCCAAGAGAGCUACUUCUUACGCCGAACGUUUGCAUUUAGGCAUAGCGGUCAUUCACGGCGAACAGAAAGAAUCCGAGUCCGAUAUGGUCGACGGACGUUACUCUCCUCCCGCUGGGUCCGGUAAUCCCCAUUGUUUUACUAUGGAUAUCGGUAUGCCUGUUGUGCCUUCCAAUCUUCCCAAAGAAAAACCACCCAUUAAUGUUGUCGGCGAUGUUGGAGGCCGAAUAGCUAUAAUCGUGGAUGAUUUGGUGGAUGAUGUAGAAUCAUUUGUAGCUGCCGCUGAAGUGUUGAAAGAACGCGGAGCUUACAAAAUCUAUGUUAUGGCUACGCACGGAUUGUUAUCUUCCGAUGCUCCGAGAUUAAUCGAAGAUUCUCCCAUUGAUGAGGUUGUUGUAACUAAUACGAUACCUCACGAAUUACAAAAAAUGCAGUGCCAUAAAAUAAAAACUGUCGACAUCAGUAUACUGCUGGCGGAAGCCAUUAGGCGUAUUCACAACAAAGAAUCAAUGUCGUAUUUGUUUAAAAACGUUACGUUGGAGGAUUAAUAUCCGCAGGAGUACAUAUUUUUCCAAUUGCACUUUCGUACUAGUCUAAACUUUUGAAAUUUUUCCAUUUCGUACGUUAAUAUUCUGUUCAAAUUUAAAUCGGAACGUGCAAUUUAUGUAUUUACAAUGCACGCAUCGAAGGCGUAUAAAUGUACCUAGAGAAUCAAAUAUCUAGUUCUGUGUCCAACUAUUGUUAGAUUUUUUAUACUCUUAUUCGCGUUUAUUCACUUCAAAAUAAAAUUUUAUUUCAACGA